GAGCAUAUAAAACGGCAGUGUUUUUCGGAUUGGCGAGCAAUCAGUUAGAGACACCGAGCGCUAAAAAAAACAUACACGAUGUUGAUCCCAACCCAAAGCACUAUCUACGUACUGAUGCCUCUGGUGAUUUUGGCGACCUGGCAGCUGUGCGUUGUUCCCGGGACGGAUGCCAAGCACUUGGCCGCCAGAUCACACGACCCCGAAACGGUACCCCUAUCCCAAGUCCAUACACAUAAUAGUGAUGUCGUUGCUGCAGUGCGUCGUCGUGAGCGUAGACAACUCUCUGAUUGGUUAAUUGCCCCUAACACGCGGUGGUGCGGUCGUGGUAACCUGGCCAAUGGAACCUACAACGACUUGGGUGGCGCCUCCAAAGCAGACAAGUGCUGCCGGAAGCAUGACCAUUGCAAAAUGUGGAUCGAUGGAAUGUCCAAUCGCUAUGAUCUCUUCAACUACCGACCGUACACUUUGUCCCACUGCAGCUGUGAUCUACGAUUCCGUACCUGCCUGAAAAUGGCCGGUGACGAGGAUGCGAACGCCAUUGGAAAGCUAUUUUUCAAUGUCGUGCAGACACAGUGCUUCGGCCUGAAGGUGGAGACUGUGUGCGUACAGCGUGGCGGUUCUGGAAAGGAAUCAGAUCCCUGCCUCAAGGAGGAGGUUCGCCACAAGGCGUUCCUGCGGAACAACAAGCGGUUUUAAGUUAGUACACGAUGACCGGCAGGAAUUUGAGUAUACCAAAGUCGCCUGCCCGUAUAAGAAGCGAACAAACUGCCUCAGAGUGCUGCAAUUGAGUUUGAAACUUAAUAGGAGAGCAUGGCAAUAACACCAUCAUUAUCCGUACUUAGAGGAGGAGAGAUAGCCAGAGACACCCGUCUAUGUAUUAAGCUAUAUACAUACCUACAUAUGUAUAUAACUUUAAAGUGCUAUUAUAUUGCGCAGUAGUCGAUAUGAUAUAUAUAUAUAUAUAUAUAUAUAUAUAUGUAUAUACAUAUACUUAGUUGUAGUCAAUCCAUCUAGUUUAGGCCGACGAAUCACAUACAGGCUGCCAGAAAACAAAGUUUUUAACUAUCUGUAGACCCCGUAGAUACUCUAUAAACACUAUUCUUAUUUAGUUGUAGUAGUAAGUUAAUAAAAGGAUUUUCCAAAGAAUGAAAAA